CAUAUAUAACCCCCGAGGUGGUGAUUUUCUCAGUGUAAUUCGUAUUGUCGUAGGGGUAAGCAAGCCCCAGGUAGCUUUAUAACUAAUCAAAUGAAAGUACAGUUAGUUAUUAAACGUUUUUCCUUUAACUGACAUUUUAUGCUGCUAAAAUGGACUACCUGCUUGCCGUGAAAGUAGGCUCUCUGUUCGGUUUAUUGUUUUUAACUCUGCUUUUUGGAUUUAUUCCCGCUCGAGUACUAUGGUUCAGAGACACAAACGCGACAGAAACCCAGCGCACAGUUCUGAGUCUGAUCAGCUGUUUUGCUGGUGGCGUUUUCCUGGCAGCAUGUCUGUUGGACAUCAUUCCCACUUAUCUGUCAGACAUCAGCACUGAGCUGGAGAUACGGCAAGUAGAGACCAACUUUCCCCUUCCAGAGUUCAUCUUGGCUUCUGGCUUUUUUGCGGUCCUCGUCCUGGAGAGGAUCGUUCUGAACUGUCAGGGCAUGGGAGGGGCUCAGGAGGAGAGGGCGCCCCUGAUACAGGACAACAGGAAUGGUCAUGGACACGCCCACAACCAUGCAGCCAACCCUGACGUGGAGGGCAGCAGCCAGCAUGUCCAUGUGGACUUCCACGCUCACUCCCCCUUUCGAUCAUUCAUGCUUUUCCUCUCCCUCUCCAUUCACUCCAUUUUCGAGGGUCUUGCCAUCGGCCUGCAGAACACUGACUCGAAGGUUCUAGAGCUCUGCGUUGCCAUCCUUAUCCAUAAGAGCAUCAUUGUGUUCAGCCUGUCUGUGAAGCUGGUCCAGAGCGCAGUCAGUCAGUUAUGGUUGGCCGCUUACAUCGGAGUGUUCGCCAUGAUGUCACCCAUAGGCAUCGCCAUUGGCAUCUCAGUGAUGGAGGCAGGGCUAGCGGCUGGAGCACUGAUCCAGGCCAUCCUGGAGGGACUGGCCGCAGGGACGUUUGUUUACAUCACCUUUAUGGAGAUCCUCCCGCAUGAGCUCAACUCCCCCGGCAAACAGCUCAUCAAGGUCCUCUUCAUCCUGCUCGGCUUCAGCAUCAUGGCAACUCUGACAUUUUUAGGAUGAGACUGACACCAGGGGGCACAUCACCUGGCCAAUUUGUGACAACUACUGCAGCUCCCACAGGCAUGUGGGUAAAUAUUGUACAGAGAGAACAAAAAAGUAAGGUUACUUUUGCACUGUUACGUCCAGCUCUGGAGUCUUUAACGUCAAAGCAGCAUGACAACAGAUGGUGGUUUUAUUACUUUGUAUUUACUUUUUAAACAUUUCAUAAAAGAGGACACCCUAGUGUAAUUGUGUGAUAAUGUAAACUUUUCAAUGGUGUGAGUGAAGAGGAAACGUUUAAAGUUACGUUAGAUUUAUGAACAUCAAAGAGAAGCACAGGGAAAUGAAAGCUGUGUUCACUCAUUUAACACUGUCAAACAUGUCUCUGACCUGAAAACACAACCACAAUCUGACCUUUGUGACUGUUGAGGAAACUACAUACCCUAUAAUUAAUUCAGUUAUGCUAGCUUAUAUGUACCUCCAGAUCUUUAAUGUUUACAUUUUUUUGUAACUGAUCAAAACAAGGAGCUUCUGCACUUUUAAGUAUUUCAUAUGGUACCGUCUUCACUAAAGGCUCGACAUGAUGGCUGGCCUUCGUGAAUUGUUACUUUUUAACUGUUUCUACUGACACCAUUUUGUGUGAUUCACGCUGACAUUUUAGAGCAAUGCUUUUAGCAGUAGUAUCCAGGUUUGUGAUGCUUUUAAGCCUUAUCUUUACUAACUGAAUCAUCGCUCAACAUUUCUUAUACCUGAACACUAGUGUAAAUGUAAACUGACUUCCUAUGCCUUAAAAAGUUGGAUGCCAAAAGAAAAAAAGAAAAUGUUUGAUUUGUUUUGUUUUGUUUUGUUUGCACUUUUGUAAUAAAGCAUCAGUGGCUGUUGCCACAGAUGAGAGAGAAUGAAAGGUAUUUGGCUUUUUUCGAGGGGGGAUGCUUAUCCCAAUUAUUUACAUUCUGUUGAACUUUGUACGUGUUUAGUCUUUUCUGUUUUGCAACAUUUUCAACUCCAGCCUUCACAUGCCUGUACCAGCAUCAAGAAAUCAAAGCAAGCAGGACACAGCACAUUGAGUGUGUUACAUAAGUCCAACUUUGAUCUCUAUAUAGGUUUUCACGUAGUAUUGUAAAAAUUCCUUUCUAAAGAGCAGCACAUGGUUAAAAAGGUCUACUUUAAUGUUGCCUUCACCUCUUAUGUUAAUUCAGUCAUAUACAAAAUAUUAACUUUGAGGUCAGUCACAUUUCCUGUUUUAGUCCCUCAUGUGAGGGUCUGAUGGUUUCAUCAUGAACACUAAUAGCAGAAGUUGGAGGUUGUGGAUUAUUAGUCACAAAAAAAUGUGCCUGUCAGCAAAAAAAGCUUUCUUGUAAUGCCAGUUGGCCAUUCCUUUGACUAUAAAUUUCAACACAUUCCCCUAUCAAAAAAUAGUGAAGCUGGUCCACAACACCAGAAUAAAUGCUCCUCUUUUUUGCUUUUUUAUAAGGAUAUCGAUGAGUGCUAUGCUGUCAAGUACGAGAAAAACAUACUUAUAUUUUUUAAGGCAAAUAAUUUUUACUAUUGUGUGCCCCAAGUCCAGAAAAGCAUUUGGCAACUCAUUAACUACAAUAAACAACAGCUGAUGUUUUAUUACCACUUUCAAACCCUUACUGUCUGAUGUUAAAAAAUCACAGGAUAGGAAUAUCUAGCUAGCUUCCACAACGUAAGCUAGCUGACCAUAAUUAGUUAACAGUUUACGCCUUUAGAUAAAAGUGGGUAACCGGACGUUAGCCAGCAAACCAUAAAGUUAGCUAGCAACUCUUAACAUUAUCUAGCAGUAUUAAGAACUUGCCUACAAUGCUAUUGAUUAUCUAGCCUCAGCUAAUGUAAUGUUAACUGGCUCAUCAUGAUGUUAGCUCACGUGUUAGCUGGCCUCAAUAAUGGCUAACAGUGGAAUAAGCUAUUUGCAGUACUGUUAGCUGUGAAGUAAUAUAUAGUCACCCAUAGAUUACUAACACUGUGUUUGCUCGCUGACCAUAUUAGUGGCUAUGUUACUAAAUAAACUGAUAUAAUAAUAAGCUGUGUCAAAUGUUAACCGAUGUACUGUUAGCCAGCCAGCUGUGUCAGUAUUUAUCUUUUGUUUUUUUUUCAAAGUAGACACACAAUACAUUCAUACUUUUUGCAGGUUUUCCUGUGAUAAUGAGUACAUUUUGUAGAGUUCAACUUAUUUAUUUCCUUCUUCCCAGACAUUUUCCCAAGAUGAUUGGGAAAUUCCUCAAGAAAUUACCAAAUAUUUAUGCUGUCUUAGGAAAUGGAGUAAA